AUGGCUCGAAUGAACCGCCCUGCUCCUGUGGAAGUCACGGACAAGAACGUGAGAUUUCUUAUUACACACAAUCCAACCAAUGCAACCUUCAACAAAUGUAUAGAGGAACUUAAGAAGUAUGGUGUUAGCACAAUAGGAAGAGUAUGUGAAGCAACUUAUGAUACGACUCUUGUGGAGAAAGAAGGCAUCCAUGUUCUUGAUUGGCCUUUUGAUGAUGGUGCACCACCAUCCAACCAAAUUGUCCAUGACUGGUUAAGUCCUAUAGAAAUUAAGUUUCGUGAAGAACCUGGUGGUUGUAUUGCUGUUCAUUGUGUUGCAGGCCUUGGGAGAGCUCCAGUGCUUGUUGCCUUGUCAUUGACUGAAGGCAGAAUGAAAUAUGGAGAUGCAGUACAAUUCAUAAGACAAAGGCGGUGUGUUAAUAGCAAGCAACCUUUGUACUUGGAGAAGUAUCAUCCUAACAUGCAGCUGCGCUUCAAAGACUCCAAUGGUCAUAGAAACAACUGUCGCAUUCAAUAA